AUGAUGGUCCCUGAAGAUUUCAACAAUUUCCCCUCGGUCACGCUGCCAACCUCCACGCCCACCUCGGUGGCCCCGAUCCCCACGGUGAUCCCGAGCACCCCGCUCUUCCAGGAGCUCCACGACACCGGCAAGCGGACUCUCUGGGUCGUCACUGUGUUGAUGGGCGUCUCUUCGCUCGUCUUCUACACGAUCGGCGCCCGUGCGCCACUGCCCAAGCGGGUCUUCCACACGCUUGCGUCCCUGAUCACCACGAUCUCCUUCAUCACCUACCUGGCGCUUGCAACCGGCCAAGGCAUCAGCUUCAAGCACGCCCACAUCACUCACCACCACAAGCAUGUCCCCAAUACCGCGGACGAGUACCUCCGCCAGGUCCUGUGGCUGCGCUAUAUCAAUUGGGCCCUGGCCACACCCCUGCUACUGAUCAACUUUGCCCUCGUGUCCGGCCUGCCAGGUGCAAACCUCGUCAUGGCGAUCGCGGCGAACUUUGUCAUGCUUGCCGCAGGUGUACUGGGUACUUUUGCGGGCCACACCCGCCAGCGAUGGGUCUGGUUGACCAUCAGCUGCAUUGCUUAUCUAGUGAUGCUGCACCAUGCAGGAUUCCAUGCCCAGCGCGCCGCGCAGAACAAAGAUGCGCAAACACGCCGGUUCUUCGGCGCGCUCUCUGGAUCGGCCUUUGUAGCCUUUGCGCUGUUCCCGAUCUCCCUUGCUGCUGGUUCCCUGGCGUUGAAGAUCAGCGUCGACACUGAGACCGUUCUUCUCGCUAUUCAGGAUAUCUUCACCCAGGGCAUUCUCGGCUACUGGCUUGUGUUGGCACACGACAGUUCUCCGAACAUCACCCUCUACAUGGACGGUUUCUGGUCAUCUGGAGUCGGCAACGAGGGCGCCAUCCGCAUCGCGGAAGAAGAUGGCGCGUAA